CUCGCUAGUUGCAAUAGUUUUCAAAUUUCGCCAGCCGCCCACUUUAACGCCUAAGUUUUAAAGUGUUUCAUAAUAUAAUUUUAUUAACAAAAGCCCACGGAAUAGUUUAACCGGCAUCGAUAAUCGCAUCGUCGAUUUAAAAAUAUACGAGCAGUUACUCAUCUUUCGCUUUUAAAUAUUACAAAAACUUUUAUUAUUAUUAUUUUUUUUUUAACCGAUUAAAAUAGCAUUGAAUGAACAAGUUCCGGCGUAGUUUUUCCCCCUCAAACAAGUUAAUUUAAAAAAAAGGAAAGUCUGUGUAUACGCGGUCGACUGCGAAAAGGAAAUUCCGCAGCUGGAAAAUCUGACGACGUGAUCGAUCAUCACUAUUAAGCUGCUUUUCGUUACUCUUCGAGGCCGUGCGUUAUUUGGAUAUUUCGAUUGAUCAGAAUGGCAAAAUAAGCUAUUACUAGGAAAGGGGCAGUUGUCCCUAUUAAAACAAUAAAAAUGCACCCUCAUUAUCUUUUAGUUAUGUUUUACUAAUCAUGGCUGGAUGUAAUUCGUCCACCAAUAUGCAGCUUUUUCAAGAAAUGAAAUACAAGUUUCCUGAUAUUCCAGAAGAAGUUAUACAAAAUUGUAUAUUCAAGCAUUCUGGGAACAGAGAAGCUUGCAUUCAGUUACUCAGCAAAGAAAAUUUGAAUUAUAUUUAUCCUUCUACAGAAACCAACUUUCCAACUAGUCAUUACUACAGUAUGAAUGUACAUAGUAAAUUACCAAUUGCAAAAAAUGGAAGUAAUUUAUAUCUAAGAAAUUCAUUACUUCCCACACCCCCUAGUCAUAUCUAUCCAAAUUCUAAACCUAAAAUAGGUCGGUGUAGCUUCAGUUAUUUUUCUCCUGUCUCACCAGUGCCUUGCAACGAUAAUUCAUCAAACAGACCAAGAGAAAUACAAUCGGCACCAACAAUGCAAAGUGAGCAAAAUCCAUUUUUAUCUGCGUAUAAUAACGAAUGGUAUUUCAAUAUAAACAGUGUUCAUAAUCCAGUCGUGUUUAAUACUUCAUCUUGUAAAAAUACUUCUGAUCAAAAGACAACUCAGAACAUACAAUCCAGAUUAACAGUAAGUACACCGUCUAGAAUCACUUCUAAUAUCAUGGACAAUCAAAUGUCAAAUCCUAAUGUUACACAAGCUCGACAUGUGACUACUCUAAAAAUUAAUCCUCAACCUGUUUAUCUUAUUGAAAAAUAUGGAUACAAUCCUAGUUCCUCCGUUUAUACAAAUAUUAUGCCUUCGGGAAGACACAUGACAUCAGUCAAUCUUCAGUUACGACCACCAUCUUCAGAAGCUCAGCCACCAAUUGAAAUUACAACUACACCCCUGAAUUGCGUGAUGAGUAAAAACAACGAUAAAGAUUUUAAUUCACAAGUUCGGAUAUCAAUUAAUUCUACUGGUGCUACUUUAACUGCUAUGAGAACACAAAAGAAACCACCAAUUGCUUCUCCAACGGCCCAUCACUCUGUAUCCAUGCAAAGGAAUGUUACUCAUAUAUCUACAGUUCCUACUUUUCCUUCAAAUGCUAAUGUUUUUAAAAACACUGAAGCCGGUGAAUGUUAUACAACUGAAAAUUAUACUGUAACAUCACAGAAUUGUUCACAAUUUCAGCCUUUAAAUACUGAAAAUUUAAUAAAUAUGCCAGAAUCAUGGAAUUCUGCAAACCAGCCUGUAUUGCCUUAUCAGAAUACAUCGUCACAUAAUCAGCGAAGAAGGAAUGCAUAUAAUGAAUUGGCUUAUACUCAGGCUCUUUUAUUACAUCAGAAAGCUAGAUUAGAAGUCUUGCAAAAGGUUUUAGAUGAUGAAAAAAAAAUAUUGUCAAGAAUGAAAAUGGAAGUGAAUAAUAUGGAAGAGCAUUUGUUGCAGAGAAGAUUAAAUUUGACUGCAAUUUCAAAUAUGACAGACGUUCAAAAUUUGCGAGAAGAAAACAGAAGAUUAAGAGUGGAAUGCCAUUGUUUGUCAAUGGAAGUUGAUUUUUGUUUAAAAGGUCAAGCGCCGUUAGGAGAAACUGACGAAGAUUUUUAUAAAAAUAUAUUUACCGGACCACAUGGACCAAUACCCCCAGUUCCAAACACUGAAGAAUUAAGCAGUCAAGCAAUAUCCGCUUCUGCAUUUCAAAGUAAUAAAGAAAACAAAAGAGAAAGUCAAAACGUGGAAGAAAAGGACAUGUGGAAAUGUUCAAAGUGUACGUUUGCCAAUCAUCCCGCUCUCAAUAAAUGCGAAAUGUGCGAAAUGACCAGAACGACAGAUUCAGAUGGCAGAGAAACGGGUCCCGCCUAUCGCAGUCAGUACCAUAGAAUGAUGGGUGCGCCACAGGUCGAUCGCAGAAUGGUUUCAGAUCUGACCACUGAACCACAGCCGAGGCAGGGAAUAGGUCACGUGCAGAUCUGCGUCAGACGAAACAGAAUCACCACCCCGUCCGAAGGAUUAGAAUUGCACUUGACUCACAGAUACCCUCGCAGAUAGCAUUAAAUAAACAACAACAUAUUGCAUUUCAAAAAUAAAUAUUUACAAGGAUAUUUUUAAUAUCUAACAUACAUGUAUAUUAUGAGGAGCAAGAUCCAGUGGUGAAAGCUGCCCGACGGACCAUUAUCGUUCAAUCUGUGAUUUUCAAAUUGAGUAACUUUAAAAAAAAAACCAUCGUCGUUUAAGAACUUAAACCCUUUCCGUGCAUUUUCUUUGUAUACUUUAUGGUAACGCCUCAGUCUUUAUCUCCCAUCACUUUUUUUUCUUGCCAGAUGUACAGUACAUAGACAAUAUAUAUUCAGUGUACAAAAUAUAGACUCGUGUUUUUCUUGUGACGUUCAAUAGAUUCUUUACUACCUCUGUGAUCCAAAAAUUAUGUCGUCUAGGAAAUAAUAUUCGACGAUUUAAAAAUAGUUUAUAUUAUAAUGUGUAUAUUAUAAAUGGAAAUUUAGCAUUAUGUACAGAACUAAAUCCAAAAUAAUAAUGUAUAAAAAAAAUGUAGAUGGAAUGAAGUAAAAUUUAUACUUGUUACCUGUCUCUUGUUUUACUUAGAGAGCUUCAUUUUGACACUUUCUCCAUUGAAAUUAGUAAAAUUCUUGCACGCGUUUUUAACUUCCAGUACUAGUUUAGAAUAUGAAAUACGGUAAUGCCGGUAUAUUUAUAGCUAAUAUAAACGAUACCCAUUUGAUAAACAUCAGAUACACGUAAUUUAAGAUAAAAACAACACAAUUAAAUGACCCAAAUGAUAGACACGAAAACAAAAUACGAAAAUACCGCAUAAUAAAAAGAAAAUUUCAAAUCACUAAACAUCUGCUUGGCUUUUUCACAAACGGACCUCUGGAGACAAUGUCACCAGCCAAAUUGCUUCUCAUUUUUCCAUCCCGAUAGCGUGCGAUGUCAUCACACCUUUAGCCACAUUAGCCUGGUUUUUAAGAAUGGCGCAUGCCAUCUUAAACACGGAGGUCGGACCCACCACAUUCUCUUUGAGGUGAAAAAAGGAACUUAACCGCAGAACCCCAAGAGGUAGAUGGCGGUAAUAGGUAGGAAUUGUAUACAUGACUUAAUACAUUAUAAUUCGAACUCCGGAAUAUUGGAAUUACGAGAUACUACUAUACAGUGGUACCUCAGGAUACGAAAUUAAUCCGUUCCGAAACUGAGAUGGUAUCGUGAAAAUGUCGUAAGGUGGAUCAUCUUUUCCCAUACGAUUA